CCAAGAUUGUGCCCCAAUCGCUAGUGUCAACUGUCAUAAUUUAUAACCUAGAAAAAUAAACAAGGAAUCCAAUAAAAAUAUCCUUUUAAAAUUAUUUUUUUACUAUGGAAGCUAUAAAGCUUGUUAGUAAAUAUUUGAAUACUUCUGCGGGUUCACUGUGUUAUAAUACAGACAAGGUUUUAACAACAGUUAUUGACAAGGAGAAUGUGGAGGGAUUCGUUAGUAUAAUAUUACGAUUGAUAUCAAAAAGUGGCAUAAAAAUGAGCCAGGAACAAAUGCUACUAAGUUAUCAGUGGCUAGAGCACAUAGCAAUGUAUGCAAACCAAGCAAAUUUGAAUCCGGCAUUUGCGAAAAAUUUUCUUCAAGGUAUGAAUAGAGCAUUACAGAAGAAGAGCUACCUCACUGGAAAUCUUUUGACGGUGAUUGAUAUAGCUGCAUUUUAUGUGGUUUACUCGCUAGUUGAGCGGUUGACUGUACAAGAACAAGAAUCACUUCUACACUUAUGUAGGUGGUGUAAGAAUAUACAAGCACAACCAAGAGUGUGUGCAAGCCGAGCCCCUUUACCACUUAACACUUUGACGCUAUCAAUACUUGCACCUGCCGUGCAUUAAUACUAUGUUUUAUUGCUUAUUAUGAUUGUAGUGCAUACAAUUUAUUGCUGCAAUAAAGUUUUACCAAAUGGAUCUCGUGACGAAAUUUUUUAA